UAAAUAGAGUGAUUGGGAUAGACAAAUGAUUUUCAAGCACUUUUAUCAGCAGGCCUCUUUUGAAAAACAUGGCAGCAUGUGGCACCCUGAAUUUCAGCACCCUCGCAGGAUCAAGCCACCCAGAUCUCAGUGGCUGACAACAGUGCUGAGGUCUCCUUCGUGUAGCAGGCACCUCGUGGGGCAGCCGAGGCUCAGCUCUGGGUGCCCGGAGCCAGGAUGAAGGAGCGUCCAUCUCAGGCAUGGAAGCCAGAGAGAGCAGAAGUCCAGAGGUCCCCCAAAGCUCCUGCCAGGACACAUAGCUUGCCAGGAAUAUCGGAGGUGCUGAGCAGUGGUGACCGCACCCACCAGCUUCCCAGGAGACAGCUGGUGCCUAAGCCCUACGUGCAGCUCAGUCUCCUCCCAACACUGUCCCAAAGGAGAAAUGAAUUCCUUCCAGCAGCAGACACUACUGCCACCGGGAGCAGCACCUGGACAGAUGAUGUACCCCCCAAACUGGCAGGGGAGAGGAAAGGACCCGGUUUUCCUCGCCAAGGGCUUCAAUCUGCUGAAUUUGAACCACCAGCAGCCAGGAGGAAACAGGGACGGGCAGACGUUAAAGGGGCUUGAGAACAACCUGUACAACCAGUACGAGGAGAAGGUGCGGCCCUGCGUUGACCUCAUCGACUCCCUGCGGGCUCUGGGCGUGGAGCAGGGCCUGGCCCUGCCCGCCAUCGCUGUCACAGGGGACCAGAGCUCGGGCAAGAGCUCCGUGCUGGAGGCGCUAUAGGGGGUCGCCCUUCCCAGAGGCAGCGGAAUCAUAACCAGGUGUCCGCUGGUGCUGAAACUGACAAAGCAGGAGUGCAAGUGGACAGGGAGAAUCAGCUGCCGGAAGACGGAGCUCCAGGUGCAAGACCCCUCGGUGGAGAGGGAAAUACGGAAAGCCCAGGAUGCCGUAGCUGGGAACGGAGUUGGCAUCAGCCACGAGCUCAUUAGUCUGGAGAUCACCUCCCCUGAGGUUCCAGAUCUGACCCUCCUUGAUCUUCCCGGCAUCACCAGGGUGGCCGUGGGAAACCAGCCCCAUGAUGUCGGACUGCAGAUGCGCCUUUCUGGAACUCGGGAAUGGAUCAAGGCACUUAUCAAAAAGUACAUCCAGAGGCAGCAGACAAUCAACUUUGUGGUGGUCCCCUGCAACGUGGACAUCGCCACCACAGAGGCACUGAGCAUGGCUCAGGAGGUGGACCCCGAUGGAGACAGGACCAUAGGAAUCCUGACCAAACCAGAUCUAGUGGACAAGGGCGCUGAGAAAGGUGUCCUGAAAGUCAUGCAGGACCUCACAUACCAUCUCAAGAGAGGUUAUAUGAUAGUGAAGUGUCGGGGUCAGCAGGAGGUCACGAACAAGCUGAGCUUGGCCGAAGCAACCAAGGAGGAAAUGAUGUUCUUUCAAACACAUCCGCACUUCAGGAUUGUGAAAUUGCUCCCUUUGUUAGAGAAUCAAAUAAAGGAGAGUCACCAGAGGGCGACAGAGGAGCUGAGCCAGUGUGGAGAUAACCUCCCCAGCAACGAAGCCUAUACAAUGUUCUUUCUGAUUGAGAAAAUUAAGGUGUUUAAUCAGGACAUUGAAAAGUUAAUAGAAGGAGAAGAAAUUGUAAAGGAGAAAGAGUCCCGCUUAUAUAACAAAAUCAGAGAGGAGUUUAAAAACUGGAUACUCAUACUUGCAGCCAAUACCCAAAAAGGUAAGUCUGGGGACAGGGCUCCCAAGAAGAUUGAAGACAUAAAAGCAAAACAAGCGGAAACAGCAGAAAAUCUGACCCGGCUUCAGUUCAGGAUGGAGCAAUUGAUUUAUUGUCAAGAUCAGAUUCACAGCGUGGUUCUGAACAGAGUCUGAGAAGAGAUCUUUAACCCAGUGGGAACGCCUCCACAGAAUCUUCAGUCGAAAUCGCCCCUUUUAAAUGAUCCGCCUUCAUUUUCCUCCACUGUGGAGAUUUGGGUCCACCUGAAUGCGUGUUUCUCGGAAACCGGCAAACGUCUCGCCAACCCGAUCCCAUUCAUAAUUCAGUAUUUUAUGCUCCAAGAGAAUGGCGAUUACUUACAGAAAGCCACGAUGCAGAUACUACAGGAAAAACAGUACUAUUCCUGGCUGCUUCAAGAACAGAGUGACACGACAGCCAAGAGGAGAUUCCUUACGGAGAAAAUUUACCGGCUGGCUCAGGCACGGCGCGCUCUUGACGAAUUCCCCCAGUUAAAGUGGUAA